ACGGCGGCGGCGAUGAGGCAGCAGCAGCCGCGGGCGGUGUCGUUGUCAUUGUCAUUGUCGCCGUCGCUGCCUGUGCCGUCCCCCGGCGCCUGAGGAGCCGCCCGCGCUCCCCCCCGCCCGCCAUCCUCCCUGCCCGCGCUCCGCCCGCCGCGCCCGGCGCCGCCGCCACCAUGAUGGAGGAGAUAGACCGGUUCCAGGUGCCCGCCGUGCGCGCAGAGAUGCAGCCGCUGGAUCCAACAGCUGCAGCAAUUUCGGACAGAGAUUGUGACACGAGAGAGGGAGAGACUGUAGCCAUGAACUAUAAGCCAUCCCCACUUCAAGUGAAAUUAGAGAAGCAGAGGGAGCUGGCUCGGAAGGGCUCCCUGAAGAAUGGCAACAUGGGAAGCCCAGUGAAUCAGCAGCCCAAGAAGAACAACGUGAUGGCACGAACAAGGCUCGUCGUUCCCAAUAAGGGCUAUUCUUCGCUAGACCAGAGUCCAGAUGAGAAGCCACUGGUAGCCCUGGAUACGGACAGUGAUGAUGACUUUGAUAUGUCCAGAUAUUCCUCCUCGGGAUACUCAUCAGCUGAGCAGAUCAACCAAGACUUGAACAUCCAGCUGCUAAAGGAUGGGUACCGGUUAGAUGAGAUCCCAGAUGACGAGGACCUCGACCUAAUCCCCCCUAAAUCGGUCAACCCUACCUGCAUGUGUUGCCAAGCCACCUCCUCCACCGCCUGUCACAUCCAGUAGUGAGGCCGGCAGGCUGUGAUCAGUGCUUUCCACUAUAACUGUAAAACUUAACAGCCAUUGCUUCCUCCUAUGGUAGGACGUGCACCUCUUUGUGUUCAUGGAGCCAGGAGAAACCAAAAAAUUCAUUUUAUGAUUGGUGGAUAAGUUAUUUUAAACUAUGGUUAAACAAAAGAGAAGUUGCUCAAAGUGCCAGGUAGUGCCUGGCAGGACUGACUGGUCUGGAGAGCGAAUGCAGAGGGGUCCAGAGAUACCUCCUUGAUUUGUUUAGGCACUGGGGAUAUUUUGUAAAGUGUCUUUUCCAGAAUGGGAAGGGUUCAGAUGGGGCUUCAGGUGAUCCUGCCCACUGAAACCAGUCCAUCUGCAAGAUUAGCAUGAGUUGGAGGUAUCAAAAUGUUUUACCAAUGAGAGGAAGUCAGUUCUUAAUUCAUUCACUAAACCUGCUUCAUUUACAUAACCAAAAUUAUACUAUGACUGGGGCACAGGAAUGGGAACGGACCAGGGCAUCCUUUCUUAUGGCAAGGCUAGCCAGGACUAGCAUGACACAAUUCAUUCACUUGCAAAAGGGACAAAUAAGUGACAUUUCACUGUGAGUCAGUACUAGCUAGAGCUGUUUCAUCACAAAGCCAAUGCAAUCUACCCUUAGCGCCACAUUAAAUUAUCACCAAACGCAUCAGAUUCAAUGUGCAAUCCAUCUGUGCACUUCAGGGAUUCACUCCUUGCCCAGGAAUACCAAUCAUACUCAUGAGUUUAGUUCAGUCACGUAUUCUGACUUCAGCCUAUACUUAAUUCCCAUGCAACCCGUCUCUUUCCGAAAAUCUUAAACUUUGUUCAACUAAGAAGAAGUGAGCCCUGCACAAGACUAGAGCUGUACAGUCUGAACAUCAGUAAUAGAAAAGCUAGUUGAAGAAAGUGCAUUUUAACAGUGCUUGACUCUUGAUAUUCUCUUGAUCGUAUGUCUCUUGGUGCCUGUGGGAGAGAUUCAUGAAUGCUGAAGUCAUCUGUGUGGUGGUGACGUUGUCAGGGAAGUUGUCAGCAACAGAAGGAUUAUGAACAGCUUCGGCUGAAAAAUACCCAUGAGAGGAAACUACAGUUUACCCCAUCUCUGCCCGCUUGUGAACCAGACAUGGUCUGUGUUAGGAGUUGUCCCAUGUCGUAGCAGAUGUGUUUAUUUGGUGCUGGAAUAGUUAGGAAACCUGGUGUUACAUUAGGUUGCUGGUCUGAGUUGCCAGUUCACCAGCAGAUUGUUUUGAAAGCAAAAUCACUUUGUAACUAGGAAACGUGCCCUCUCCCUGGCCAGUCUUACACUGAUGGCUUCAGCAUCUGCAAGGGAUGGGCUGGCAUUUUUCUGAGUGUUGAAAUCUUUUGCCACAGGCACGACUGUUUGUUUUCCUGCCCUGCCAGGAGGAAGGACCUCCUGCCUUGGGUCAUCACUUGCUUUGUAGCCUGGGGAAUGGAAAAUGUGAGAGCAGUUCUGAGCUUCCCAUCACAAUUCCCGAGUCACAAGGCAGAAUCUGAGUUCCACCACAAGAGACACAUCCUCCAUCUGAAAUCUGCAUGAAGUGAGCUGAACCUUUAAGUCCUAUUCAUGAUUAGGAGGAAGUUUGCUUAACAUUCGUGGGGAUUCACUUUGUGCAGUGCAAAGCUCAAUACCAUCCACAGCAUAAGUGAAAGAGCAGGUACACAAGAUUCCUGGGCUUUACUAUUCACUAGCAACUUUUAAAGCUAUGCUUAUCCCCCCUCCUUGAAACAGCAUGCUGCCACCCUGGCUCCAAGCCAUAGAAAGAUGACUUGAGUGGUGCUGCUUACUGGGCAUCCCUGCCUCUUCAUGCAGAAGUGCUGGUUAACUUGCCAGCUUCUGUAGGAAUAGUGUUCCUCAAGUGAAUUCCUCCUUUUCUCACCACCUGGUAGUGCUGAGGGGGAAUAUUUCCAAAAUACAGCUUGAACUGAGGUUAGCAAGUUGUCUGGAGGUGGGGGAAACACUCUGCCAGUGUUGUGUAGAGAGAAGGAUAAAAGGGGAUAACAUUCCUUAAGGAGUCCUUUUUUAAUUGGGGAUGUAGUAAAAACCUAAUAGAAACACUGUAGUCAGAACAAAUCUUAGAGGACAUGAACAAGACUCUUUAAAUCUUAACUCUUCUAAAGAGGGACUUUGCAGUUCAUUGUUGUACCAUGGAAUGUCUUCAUCACAUUUAUCCUGCAGUUCAGCACUGGUACCACGGAAUGUCUUCAUUGCAUUUACCCUCCUGGGUCAGUCUCUGUGCCUUCCAGCCAGGCAGCACAUGCUCAGCCUUUCCCACAGCCCUUGCUCAGGAGCUCAGAGCAUUUUGGUGUGCCUGCUAGAGCAACAAGUCAUCUGCUUUCCUGAGUCAGCCAUGGAGGACUGCAGGUCCCACAGGUCUCCAUCAUGCUGCCAUCAUAGAAUCCUGCAAUCAUCUGGGUUGGAAAAGACCCUUAAGAUCAUUGAGUCUAGCCAUAACUGAGCGUUUGUUCUGUUCAGUCGAGGACAGAAUGAGGCUUGCCGACACUGUUAACCUCCCAGGGUUGAGACCUCUUCUCUGAGGGACAGACCUUCAUUUAGUGGUGGACUGGCAGUGCUGGAUUAACGGUUGGACACAAUGAUCUUGAAGGUCUUUUGCAACCUUCCUGAUUCUAUGAUAACCCCUGUCCCAUGGCACCAUGACCAAGUCCUUUUAUUGCCCCUGUUGUUGGGUUUUUUGCCUGCCAUGUGCCCUGAGGCAUUCCCCAACCCUGCAGCUACCCUUUUGCAUUGUGUGAUGUGCAUCUGCUUCUAGCACAACCCUUUAGGGAAGGAGGGAGGGAGAUGAAUUCAAAUGUUAACAGCAGGUCCUUCCUGCAAAUACAAACCGAAGCACAAGCCACAUGUUUUUGCCUGUGCACUGAAGGAAUUGGUUGCUCAAACAGCUGUUUUUGCAUGACCAGUACAGGACCAUAAAAUGGCAAUUUUUUGGCUUCUCCUCUCUAUGCUUUGUGUUCAUAUAUUUUAUUAGGGGAAUAAAGUAGAAAGGGUGGGGAUAAGUAGUUACCUGUGUAGGAUCAUCAUCAGAAAGGCUGAGUGGAUUAAGGCAAUGUGCAUCUGGCUAUCACAGAAAAUGGAACACAAUGCUUCUGAACUGCAGCCUCUUAAGCAGGUUAUGAUUAUGGAUGUUUGUUGGCUCGUUAUAGAAUAUGAUGGAUUGCCCACUGGUAUGUAUUAACUACAGAUUAGGCUGGUUCCCUCUGUCUGGUCUGUUGUGUUCAGACCCUUGAUUAAACCAGCAGGUUUUCCUUAUGCCCUCAAAAUCACAGAGUCACAGAAUGCGUAAGGUUGGAAGGGACCACAGUGGGGUCAUCUGGUCCAAUCUCUCUGCUCAAGCAACCCUUGCUGGAGGUUAUGCUGUGGUGACUUUCUGGGAAAGUGUAUAUCGUGGCUAUUCUGGCACUGCUCUCCUUAGACCAGUCUCUGCCACCAUGGCCAGGAGAGGGCAAAAGGAAAGAGCACGGACCCUGAGUCUCUAUUGCAGCAUUUUAAAGCCCUAAAAUCUGCAGAGCUGCUGGGCAUUCUCCAAAACGCAGAUUGCAGGCAAGAAAGAAAAUCGUUCCUUGCUCCAGUCUUUGCACCAAAUGAGAUGGUCUUCUCAGACCUCAAUUUCAAUCCAAAGUUGUACUGAAAACCUGGGGAGGAACACCAUGGAGUAUUAGAUGUUGCUUCGCUGUCCAUCAAAAUUACCAUGAAAAUAGGAUUUAAGGAUAUUGAUGCUGGUGCCUCCACAAAGGAAUUUGCAUUUGAUGUCUCCUAAAGCCAGAGUGGUUUUUUGUUAGGAUUUUACAUGAUGUCAGUCACCAAAUUACCUGAGUUAAAGCAAGUCCUUUCCUUUUAUCAGAUGUUAAUCUGAUAAAAUAUCAGAUAAUAUCCUUUAAUGUGAGCUGGAUUUGAACUCCAGGGUGUCAGCACUCUGCUCUGUCUCUCUGGUCUGCAAACUCCACAUUUCCAGACAUCUUUGUGAGGAGGAACAUCCUCCUAAUUUGUAGGAAGGACUUGAGAUGGCAUGGUCUUGUCUGCUUUUGUGGUGUUUUUAAAUAAAUUUCAGCUGAAAGGAGGCUGAUGCCCAGGCGACCAUCCUGGAGGCUCAUCUGAUGUCUAUUCAGACACAUCUUGAAGUCAACCCUUGGAAGAGUCACGGGAUCAUAGCUGACAUUGCUGCAUGCCUGCCCCUAACAUGCACUUGGCCUCUGGGUCUGCAGUGCUCUCCUGGCUGUCCUGCCUGCAGAUGCCUUGGGACUGCAAAGGCAGGUGACCAGGCCUGCUGCAUGGGGUUUGAAAGGGACUUCUGACAGCUCCCCCAUGGACAGGAUGGACUCAGCUCCUUUGGUUUGUCUCGCUAGCUCUUGUCCC